CCCUGGGCGAGGGGGCACAGGGAUUUCAGGAGGCAAUAGGGAGGGUUAGGCUGGGAGGGUGUGGGGUCAGGGGUGAGAAGGACUGAGAUGCGCACUGUGUGACCUGGUGCCUCAUCUCACCCUGGGUUAGAGGCCCAUCUGGGAGCAGGCGGGGACCUGCCAGGAGACACACCCCUGUUCUGCCCCAGCAGAUGCUGCCAUGAAGGACCCGCAGCCUGGGGAGAGCGUGGAGCUGGACCCUCAGCAGAACAGGCAGGAUGAAGGCCCCCAGGGAGUGACGUAUGCCCAGGUGAACCACUCAAGACCAAGACCCGGGCCGGGAAUGGCCACCUCUCCUUCCUCCCCUUUGGGGGGUUUGCUGGACCAGAAGGGCCGACAAGCAGAAGAGGACAGUCAGGCUGCUGCGUCUGAUGCCCUCACACAUACAGCCUACGCCCUGCUGAACCACUCGGCCCUCAGAUAGAGGACAACACCCCCUUCCUCCCAUCAGAGAAGCCCCCAGAUGAGUCCAGUGUGUACGCUGCUCUGCCCAUCCACUAGCCCAGACCCCACAGUGCAGGGAGAUGGCUGCCAGGACCCCUGAGGGCACUGGAGCGGCCCCCAUGGACACUCAGUGCCCUGGCCAGUCUGGAGAUCUGACGUGGACCCCCAACUGCUCCUGGGAUGCCCCUGGGAGUCGCCUGAUUCUGCAAUCACAGAUGACUAAUAUCCCUACAUUAUGGAAUCAAAGCAACAGACUUCUCAAUAACCAGCGUGUGAAUUGAUUAUUGACAGGAAGUGAGUGAACGCUUUCAAUGAAUGAUCAUGUAAAUAUUAUGCAUCAAGCCUAUGAAAUAAAAAAAUUAAGAGGCAUGAGUGAAUAUAUUAGAAAAGAAAAACCUAAAAGGUCAAGACCUAAUUUAUUACAUCAAGAAUUUAGAAAAUGAAUAGCCAAUUAUUCUAAAUGAGGGUAGAACGAGGGAUGUAAUAAUGAGUAGCUACUAGUGAGGACAGACAAAAAUAGAGAAAAAGCAACAAAGUCAAAAAAUUUUAUUCUUGAAAACUGUAAUCACAUCGAUAAAUCUUAGCCACCUUAGACAAGAAAAAAGGGGAAGAGGCACACAUUCCCAUGACGAGGACAGCAUCACAGAUCCUAUAGACUUUAAACAGCUACCACAA